GCACAAACAAGUUAAAACCCUAACCCCUGCGCUGUCAACAUAACCUUACGUGCUGGCUUCGGAUCCCGAAAUCCCCAAUUCUAACGGGUUGAUUUCAUGCCUUUUAAUCACAAAUUCUCUGAUAAUGUUGAUGCAUAUUGACCUGCCGUGAUAUUGUCUCCAAUUUAUUGCCUUGGACGCACUGAGAAUGAGAAGACAUAUGGUGAUGCUUAUUAGGAGCUGCAGUUCCACAAGUUAACAGCUCAAGAAUUGUGAUUGCAAUGGAAGACAUAUGGUGGUCCUUAUUAGGGGCUGCAGUUCCAGCCAUCAUAGCAGCUCAUACCAUUAGAGUUAAAAGAAGACGUGCGGAGGAGCAAAGACUCAAAAGUGCACGAGGGCGUGAAAAGCACUCAGACGAGAUCUUUGUCUGCAUGAGAGUCUGUACUUCAAAGAGAAUGCUGAAGAAGGUUGGUGCAUUUUCGAAGGAUCCGAUUCUUGAUACAUGUGUUACAGUAUGUGGUGUUUCCGAGCUUGAUGCGUGUGCUGAUGCUUGUGCAAGGACUGUUUGUGUUAAUCAACACCAAGUGCCCAAUUGGAAUGACAUUUGCCUGAAAAGGUGCCAAAGUGAAUGCCUUAGGCUCUCUUCAUCUUUGGCUUAAUAGAGAACUUCUGUUUUGUAAUGUGAAACUUGCCACUUGUUCUCGCGCUGUUGAAUUUAGUAUUUUGUGAUUAAUGCUUGAAAUUCUUGGUCUUA